AUGAUUUUAGUUGCUAAUUCAUGUUUAGCAAUACUUUUAUGUUCAAGUAAUUUACUUUGGAUGAACAUAAUAACAUUACACAACGACAUUAAACAAAUCGAAUCUCCAGAUUCGUUAUGUAUUUUUCGUGGUUAUUUAACUUAUGUAACAUUUGCUCUAAAUAAUUAUUCAUUUUUAUCAUCCGCUUUUCAUCGAUAUCUUAGCAUUCUUUAUUCAACAUGUCUAUUUUGGCAAUUCAAGUCAAAUCAAUUUCUCUUUAUCUGUUGCACAUGGAUAUUUGCAAUUUUAUUUCCGAUGGCAUUUAUCUUCACCGGUGAUAUUAUCUAUAACAUUGACAAUCAAAUCUGUCAAGUUAUUCUAAGCUUUUCCUUUCCAAUAAUAUUUCUUUCAAUAUUCGUUUAUUUUAUGCCUGUGUUGUUUACCAUGUUGAUUUAUUGGAAACUAAUUCUUUAUGUUAAAGAAAUGAGUAGACGGGUUAUAUCAACGAAUGUUUUGUUCCGUGCUCAACGUGAAUUGAAAAUGGUUCGUCGUACAGUUAUUCUCCUACUGAUUCUCAUUACAAUUGGUUUUCCCUAUGCAAUUUUCAUUUUUAUGUCAUUUUUUACUUCACCACCAUUAUAUCAUUUUCGAAUUGCGUAUAUAUUUGCUGCAACAUCAGUAACAUGUGUACCCGUUGCUCUAUUCCAAUUCACAGAUCCGUUAAAAGCAUUUGUGAUAUCAAAACUAAACAUCCGACCAAAUGCUAUUGGAUUAACCGCAGCAUAA